CUCCCGAAAUCCUGAGGGAGCCGACUCCACCGCCUGCCUAUGAGCAUGAACCCACCAAUACUUCACCUCCAUGUAGCCUUCCCACCAAGAUGUCAGCCGCUGCCAUGGACGUUGAAGAACAACGACUCCCUGACCUCCUAGUCUACGAAGUCAGAAUCUACAGUCGUCCUCUCCGUGUCCGAAAUGAUGCAGACGAGAAGUGGGCUUCCAAGUGCACUAACUAUACCCUCACAAUUCUCUGCAUGUUCAUGGUCUUCUUCAACCUCGCCUUCUACUUUCAAAACAAGCGCGAUUAUAACAUCAACAACGAAGACAGCUUGCUGGAUGACCGGUGCUCAAACCAACACGACACGGCGAUCGGCUUGGCUUGCAUCCUGGGCCUGCUGGGAGCCGACCAUUGGUAUGCUCAUCAUUGGCUGCUUGCCGUCCUCAAGUCGAUGUGGGCAUUGUUGGAGGCUGGACUUUUCCUCAUCACCGCUACGGCGGCAACCAUGAGCCUUAUUUCGCGGAUUUCCCCCCAGGCUUGUUUUGGCUCUCAACAGAUUCGUUUCUGA